UUGAUAAGAUUUAACAUGCUUGACCAUUUUUGAACGAAAUUUUUAUAGUUUCACUGAAAAAAGUAUUAGCGUUUAAUUGAUUUAAUGAUUCCAUUUCCAUGCAGCUACGCAUUUCAGACAAAUGGCUUUCAAGGACGGAUUAUGGCUUAAUAGAUUUUUCCAUUUUUGAAAUUAAUUCUUAUUUUUACAAAUUUUUUCUCUCUGCAUAACAUUUGCUUCUAAUAUCAGUUGUUUGUGCUUAGACAGUGACAGUGUGUGAGAGAAAAUAUAGUUAUCUGAGCGCUGCUUUUGUUUAGCCCAUUUGUUUUGCCUGUGCUCUUUUUUACCUGUGCCGAGAGUGCUGGAGAGGGGGGGGUGGUGGAAAACUGGGGGGAACGAGCGAGAGGGAGUUACCUACAACUUGCGACACCUUUUGACGCCGAUCGCGAGUUCAGUAGCAAUCGGUAGCCGGCGACAGCAACAACAAACCCAAACAGAACUAUUAGUCGACCGAUAUUCAGUGGUAUAUAUUUGUUCACAUAUACUCUACUCGUACGUCUAAAAAGCGCACACAAAGUGAACCAUGUGAAAUCCAAAGAUUACCGUGAAGAUAUGGUAAUGCAACGGUGGAUGUGCACUUUGUUUUGCGGUGAAUGAGUUUAACGGUGGAUUUUCGUUUGCACCUCGGCAAGAUACAUAGAGACUCGGCUGAAGAUACAGAACCCCCCAGAGAUGGCCUCCAACAACAGCAGUACCUCAGAUCUGGACGGUCAGGUCAAUGUGGAGGAUUUGCCCAUAACGUUCAAGGUGAAGUACAUCGGUUCUGAGGUGGCUCGUGGAUUGUGGGGUAUUAAGUAUACCCGAAGACCAGUUGACCUAAUGGUGGGCGUGGCCAAGAACCUGCCGCCCAACAAGGUCCUCCCAAAUUGCGAACUGAAGGUGUCCACCGCCGGUGUCCAACUGGAGAUCAUUGCCCCCAAGGCUAUCAUCAACCACUGGAGCUAUCCGAUCGACACGAUUUCCUACGGAGUUCAGGAUUUGGUCUACACACGGGUGUUUGCCAUGAUCGUGGUGAAGGACGAGUCCAGUCCGCAUCCUUUCGAGGUGCACGCCUUCGUCUGCGACAGUCGGGCCAUGGCCCGUAAGUUGACCUUUGCCCUGGCCGCCGCCUUCCAGGAUUAUUCGCGACGGGUGAAGGAGGCGUCUGGCGAGGAGGAGGGGGCCGAGGGAACGCCCAGCGACAGCAUCACGCCCACGCGCCAAAAGUUCGCCAUCGAUCUGCGAACGCCGGAGGAAAUCCAGGCCGGCGAACUGGAACAGGAAACUGAGGCGUAGUCGGGGGAUUCACUGUACUUAUCCCUGGCUUCGGUUCGCCAAUGUGAUGUGUUAGUUACUUAACGUCCAGUGUUUACUGUAUUUGUAAAUUGUAGUUCUCUCACCCGGUAGUUGCCUCAUACAGCUUAAUACCCAAAGCCUAAGUGUUAAUGCGAUUUGUAAACGAUUUUCUAUAAUAAAUUACGAAUAUUGUA